ACACGCGUAACGCGUUAUACUUUCGAACAUCGAUGAUCAGAAGACAGAAACUGCAAAAUAAUAACUUUGUUUGCACUUUGCCUACUAUUCUAAAUCGUACAUCGUAAAUGUAAAACAGGAAGUGGGACUUUCACUUUAGUUUAUUGAAAAUUAAAUUUAUUUUUAAAUAAUUUAUUUGUAAAAUGUCUCUUGAAGACGUAGAAAAUAUCAAGAAGCGCAUUGAAAAUUUUAAAAAAACUCUUAUCGAAUUAACUGAAACUUCACAGUCAAAUAAUGAAACUGAACACACAAUUCGAGAAAUGUCUGCUGAAGUCGUGGACUCCAAUCCAUACAGUCGACUUAUGGCGUUGCAAAGAAUGGGCAUAGUUAAAAAUUAUGAAGACAUUCGAAAAUACUCCGUAGUUGUAGUGGGAGUUGGUGGUGUUGGAAGUGUCACUGCAGAAAUGUUGACUCGUUGUGGAAUCGGAAAGUUGAUAUUGUUUGACUAUGACAAAGUCGAGUUAGCUAAUAUGAAUCGAUUAUUCUACCAGCCAUCUCAGGCUGGUUUAAGUAAAGUGACUGCAGCUUCGAUGACUCUGACUCGUAUAAAUCCGGAUGUUAAGAUUGAAACUCAUAACUGUAACAUAACAUUAAUGAAUUAUUUUGAUGAUUUCUUAAACGCAUUGAAGUCGGGAGGUAUUAAUGGAGGACCAGUUGAUCUUGUAUUGAGCUGUGUUGAUAAUUAUGAAGCACGAAUGACCAUAAAUACUGCAUGCAAUGAAUUAAGUUUAAAAUGGUUUGAAUCUGGUGUUAGUGAAAAUGCAGUUUGUGGACAUAUACAAUAUAUUGUACCUGGAGAAUCAGCUUGUUUUGCAUGUGCUCCACCACUUGUUGUGGCAUCCGAAAUAGAUGAAAAAACAUUGAAAAGAGAUGGCGUAUGUGCUGCAAGUUUACCAACUACAAUGGGUGUUAUUGCAGGACUUCUUGUUCAAAAUGCUUUAAAAAAAUUAUUAGGUUUCGGAACAGUUUCGUGGUAUUUGGGAUAUAAUGCAUUGACAGACUUUUUUCCGAGUAUGAUGAUCAAACCAAAUCCUAGCUGCGACGAUAAUUUUUGCAUAAAACGACAAGAGGAGUUUAAGAGCCAAGUUAAAGAGCCACCGACUAGUAUAGCUAACGAAAGCAGUCAAGAAAGUACUAUAGUACACGAAGAUAACGAAUGGGGUAUAUCCGUUGUUGAAGAACCAUUAGAAUCAAAUAAUACAUUAACAGAAUGUACUAAAGAGACAAGACCAGAUUCAAUAAACAAAAACAUUAGUAUAAAGAGUGAAAAUGAAGAAUAUCUUUCGUUAGGUGAUGGGCUAGAGUCAGCGUAUCCACCUGGGGACAAUACUGCUCCUAAUGAAGAUUCUGUAGUUAAGGAUACUGAUCUAAGUAUAGAAGAACUUCAAGCACAAAUGGCAUCAUUGCAGUCAUAGUAUAUUUAUUUGUUGGAAAUAAAAAGAAAAAAAAUGCAGGAAAUCACUAUAAAAAUGUCAUCAUGUAGCUUAACAAGCUUUGAAGACCCAAUGCUGCCAUCAUGAGAUGGUUUCUAGACGAAUUAGCAUCUGAGACGGCUAACCGAAGAAGAGAAUGGCGGCUCCUUUCUACCAGACAAUUUCUCGCCUGGCAAACGGAGAGCCUGUGACAGAGUGUCGAACUGGCGACAGUGAGUGCCAAACCCACUGACGCUUUACCCACUCAGCCACUCCUCCUAUAAAAAUGUACUACAAUUAUACUUAUAAGUGUAGAUCAAAUACUCACAAUCAAUAAAUUAUAAUAUAUAUUAA